AUGCAGUUCUCCAAGAUCGCUCUCAUCGGCCUUGCCUACACCUCCGGCACUCUCGCCGCCUCUUGCCGCAUCUACAGCUGGUUGAACGGCGAAGCCGUCCUCGACAACUGCUGCUGGGGCAAGGGCCAGAAGGCUUGCACCAACCAGAACAAGGGCGGCACUGCCCGUGGCACCAGCGCCGCUUACUGCGCUGAGCAGAGUGCCAGCUUCUGCGAGAAUGUCAUGCUCGGAGGCAACCCGAUCACCAAGACUUGCGAUGCCGACUGCUGCUCCACUACCACCGGCUGGGGUAUUGGCUGCCCCAAAUAA